AUGGUCUCGCCCCUCCCCCCGCUACACAAUCACAGCCCCUCCCCCCGCUACACAAUCACAGCCCCUCCCCCCGCUACACAAUCACAGCCCCUCCCCCCGCUACACAAUCACAGCCCCUCCCCCCGCUACACAAUCACAGCCCCUUCCCCCCGCUACACAAUCACAGCCCCUCCCCCCGCUACACAAUCACAGCCCCUCCCCCCGCUACACAAUCACAGCCCCUCCCCCCGCUACACAAUCACAGCCCCUUCCCCCCGCUACACAAUCACAGCCCCUCCCCCCGCUACACAAUCACAGCCCCUUCCCCCCGCUACACAAUCACAGCCCCUUCCCCCCGCUACACAAUCACAGCCCCUCCCCCCGCUACACAAUGACAGCCCCUUCCCCCCGCUACACAAUCACAGCCCCUUCCCCCCGCUACACAAUCACAGCCCCUUCCCCCCGCUACACAAUCACAGCCCCUCCCCCCGCUACACAAUCACAGCCCCUCCCCCCGCUACACAAUCACAGCCCCUCCCCCCGCUACACAAUCACAGCCCCUCCCCCCGCUACACAAUCACAGCCCCUUCCCCCCGCUACACAAUCACAGCCCCUCCCCCCGCUACACAAUCACAGCCCCUCCCCCCGCUACACAAUCACAGCCCCUCCCCCCGCUACACAAUCACAGCCCCUUCCCCCCGCUACACAAUCACAGCCCCUCCCCCCGCUACACAAUCACAGCCCCUUCCCCCCGCUACACAAUCACAGCCCCUUCCCCCCGCUACACAAUCACAGCCCCUCCCCCCGCUACACAAUGACAGCCCCUUCCCCCCGCUACACAAUCACAGCCCCUUCCCCCCGCUACACAAUCACAGCCCCUUCCCCCCGCUACACAAUCACAGCCCCUCCCCCCGCUACACAAUCACAGCCCCUUCCCCCGCUACACAAUCACAGCCCCCCCCCCGCUACACAAUCACAGCCCCUCCCCCCGCUACACAAUCACAGCCCCUCCCCCCGCUACACAAUCACAGCCCCUUCCCCCCGCUACACAAUCACAGCCCCUUCCCCCCGCUACACAAUCACAGCCCCUCCCCCCGCUACACAAUCACAGCCCCUCCCCCCGCUACACAAUCACAGCCCCUUCCCCCCGCUACACAAUGA